AUGCGAAAUUCGAGAUUUUCUCAUCAAUCGUCAUCAGCUUCAUCCGCAGAAUCAGCUCGUCAAAGUCCAAACAAUAGACAUAAGUCGCCUGUACCAGCUAACUUUGAAUAUCUAGGUCGAUUAGUUACACGGGAACGACCAUUGAUACAAAAAUCAAAAUCAGCACUACAACAUCAUGUUGUUUCUCAUAAUAAACCACAAUAUCAUCAACCAAGAGCAUCACAUCAUAGAGAAAUUUACGAAGAUGUAACUGACACACUCAGUGAUGAUGAUGAUGAUCACGAUGGUGGUGGUGGUAUGGAUAAUUAUGAUGGUUUAGGUAAACCAGUAGGUGUUAUACGAAUCAAUGAUCGUCAUUUACGAGAGAUCUAUCGUUUACCGACACCACCGCCCAAAGUUAAACGUGUAUAUCAUCGUCUUCGAUCACCUGAAACUAAAGUAAUUGAACGAGUAUUUGUUCGUCGUCCACCACCACAAAUUAUCGAAAAUGUAAUCGAAGUACCACCAGAAAAAGUUCGUAUUAUUAAUCGAGAAAAACUUUUAGCAAAACCAACACCAAUCACAAGAUCAAAAUUAAUACAUUUAAAAAAUCGUCACCAUCGGCAAGAAAUACCAGAACAAGAAGAAGAAGAAGAAGAAGAACCACAGCAGCAGCAACAACAAAUCUCGGUUCCUGGUGGACAGUGUCCUCAACAAGAAACAUUUAUUCCUUCACAACACUACUCUCAACAACAACCAGCAGCAGCUACAACAACAUCACUUGUUUAUCCUCCACAACCAACUAUGAAUACUGUUGGUUAUAUUCAAUCAUCAGUUCCUCCACAUCUUAUGUUUAAUUCACAACAACCUCUUCAAAUCUCACCUCAGCAAAUGUCUACUCAACCAACUGCUCAACCAGUAACUUACACUUAUGUACCACAGCCAGCUGCCACUCCGCAAAUGUCUAACCAACAACCAACAACAACUUAUACUUAUGCACCACAGCCAACUCCCACUCCGCAAAUGGCUAACCAACAACCAGCAGUAACUUAUACUUAUGUACAACCAGGAGUUCACAAUCAUCAGAUGAUGACACCAACAUCUUAUAAUUAUUUACCACAACAAAUGAAUCAAAUGAGACCUUUUGGAUGUACUCGAUAUUAA